AUGAAGGCCCUUGGGUGCCACCAGUUGAUGGCAGGAAUUGAGACAAAACAAGAGGAGAGCGACAAAAGGGGGAAAAUGGGUGGGAGGGCCGCAAGAAGGAAGACAAAGGUUCGCGGGGCUUUGGGCGCGGCGGGCUUACUGCCCUCGGUCCUGCUAGGGCACUUCUCGAAACCUGUCUGCAGCUGGGAACCCUGGUCCGACUUUGAUGGCCUAGAUAACUUAGCGCGGCCUCUCGCCUUCUUUUCUUCCGCCCCUCUCCCGCCCACCCGGCCCCACCGCCCCCACCGCCCCCACCGCCCUGUUCGCCUCCAGCGCCGGGGUCUACCAGAUACUCCGCGGCUCGGCUGCCGGCAAGACCCGGAGAGUGGAGUUCGCUCCGGCAGCGCGAGGCGCGCACUCGCAAGCGCGCUCUCGCUCACUCCUCGCAGGGGUACUGGGCAUGCGCGGCGCGCGUCUGGCUUUGGCGGCGAGCGGGUGAGCGGGCGGGCAGCUCCACACUUCACAGGCGGCGGCGGGCGCGGCGGUCUUGCCCAGCGCGAGGCGGGCGCUGUGCUCGCCUGGGAGAUCGCUCCUCUUCUGCCGGGCGCAGACGGCGGCUUGGCGGUUCGCGGAGGAUUGGAAGGGCGUGGUCCAGGACGGCGGCUUUCUCUUGGCCGCCUCCUGCCUCGUCCGGGCUCUAAGCGUCUCCGGGGAAAGCCACGGCCCCGAGGGCGGAUCCGAGUUUUUGUAUCUAUUCAUUUAUUGACGGACAUCUUGGAUGCUUCCAGUUUUUGGCAACUCUGAACAAAGCUGACAGAGACAGAGCAUGAACGGGAGAGGGGCAGAGAGAGAGGGAGACACAGA